CAGAGCCCCAUGCAGGGCUUGAACUCGUGAACCGUGAGAUCAGGACCUGAGCUGAAGUCAGACACUUAACCGACUGAGCCACCCAGGCAUCCCAGGCAAAUACUUCUUUUUAAAAAAUAUACCUUAAUAUCAACUGACCCAGUCACAUUUUUUGCAAAACUUGAUAAGCUGAUCCUAAAAUUGGUAUGGAAUUGAAGAGACGCAGAGUAUCCAAAACAAUCUUGAAAAAGAACAAAGUUGGAGGACUCGCACUUCCUCAUUUCAAGACUUACUACAAGCUACAAGAAUCAAAGCAGUGCGGUACUGACCUAGACCCAUGGACUAGCGUUGAGUCCAAAAAUAAAUCCUUAUUUCUGUGGUCAGUUGAGUUUUGACAGUGGUGCCAAGGCCAUCCAAUGGGGUAAAGGAUAGUUUCUUCAGAUGAUUUUGGGACAACUAUCUGCAUGCAAAAGAAUGAAUUUGGACCCACAACUCAGACCAUAAACAAAACCAACUCAUUGUCAAAAUGAAUCAAAGACCUUAACAUAGGAACUAAAGCUACAAAACCAACUGAAACAGCUUGUAGUACAAAGGGAGAGGGACAAAAAAGGAAAAUUGGAAUACUAGAGAGAAAAAAUAGAAAUAAUAGUUCACUGGAAUCCUAAGAAAACAAAAAAAUGGAAGGGAAGAACGACAACAAUAGACAAAUGAGAACAAUGGAAAGAACGUGUUUAUGAGGUAGAGCAGAAGAGCUUGAGAGCUGAUUGUGGAGAACAGGCGGGAAGGCCAGCCAGACAGCAGUAAGCCCAGGCCUGUGGGAGUAGCGGUCAUGAGCAGGAUCCCCAAAUAACCUUUCGUCGUUGCCCAGGAUGGCCCAACCUAGGGUGGAUGGCGAAGCAGUCUGCUCUUUGGCUUAUGGUCACUGUCGACUAAUAACUGUAAGUCGGAUGUCCUCUAGGAUUUCAAGACUAUAUAAACAUUUCUAAUCCUCUCUUAGCAUACAUGUAGUUGUUUCAUGAGCCCAGUUAACAUCCUCUUCCUUUUCAGACCCAGAGCUGAAGUGUUAACACAAUUAGUUUUACCGGUUCUUGUGGGCCUGUUUUGUACACAUGUAUCCAGCAGAUGGCGUUCAAGUCCUCAAGACUUCAGAUCACUCUAGAACAGCACUGCCCCAUAGAAAUAGGAUGCGAGCCCUCUGUCAUUUUCAGUUUUCUGGGACCCACAUUACAAAAGUGUAAUUAAUUUUAUUGUAUACUUUAUUUAGUAUAUCCAAAAUAUUUCAACACUCCAUAUUAAAAAAAUAUUGAAAUAUUUUACAUUUGUUUUCACACCAAGUGUUCAAAAUCAACUGCAAAUCCUCCCAUGGUACAUCUCAAUUCGGAUGCUAAGUUUUCAUCAGGAGUACUCGAUCUGUAUUUAUAUGUCAUAAAACAUACAGGAAAAAGUAGACUCACACAUCCACAUUGUUGCAAAAAGACAAACAUUUUUAAGUUUGCCAGUAACUGAAUCCAAUAUCAAGUCAUAAUACAAUUUUAGAUCUUAGUCAUACUAGCCACAUUUCAGAUGCUCAAAAGACACGUGUCUAGGGCUACUGUCUGUCCAGCACAGUACAACUCUACAUGAUCUGUUUUUAUACACUUUAUGGUUUGACCACACCUACUCCUCCCAUUAGCAGCUAAAGGACUGAUAAACAUUUCUUCCAGGCAUACGUUAAGCAUUCAAGAUAUUAUGGCAGUGUUUCACUUGAAGGCAAGGAGCAGUGAAAUCUGUCAGAAAACAUGACCACACCUUAUUCAUAUCUUUGUAGAGCUAAGCGGAAUGUUUUGGAUCAGAAAUUGCUUUGAAUUACUUGUUUUCAUUGUAUUCUUUCCUCCAGGCCUUUGUGUGUUUUGAUACAGUUCAUUUGAAUUGGCUAAAUAAAUCAUUUUGUUUGCUUGCAAAAUUCCCAAAGGAGAAACUUUAAAUCCAUAUACAUGAGAUUUCUGCUAUGUUUAGCCGUACAUUUGCCAAAGACUUGUGGGAUCAUUUAUUUCUUCUUAAAGCCAUAGUGCAGCCUGCAGGAUGGUUUUCAGCUAACCUUGUUGUGACAUAGAGACGAGGCGGUAGAAUUUAGAAUUUGGAGCAAGGGUGGGUACUGGUCUUUACAGUUAACCCAAAAUAGAUUAGCCACGCCGUAUGCGUGUAGUUUCUUUUUUAGCCUGUAAAUUGAACUAAGUCAGUUAUAUGCCAAGCAGUUCCUGUAAAAAACAACAUGGCUAAGAGGCCAGAAUUUAGUCACAUGGGUACGUCUAGCUGAAUUUUGAAGAGAUAAAUAUAUGGCAAUAAAUACAGAUUUUUAUUACUAAAUUACAAGAAGAUCUCUCGCUCUCAGGUCUCUAACUAUAAAAGGACCACUGGCUCAAUGACCUGUAACGGCCAUUUCAGCACUUCCAUUCUGUUUGUCUCCAAGGCUUCACCUUAGGUAAGAACUUUUCGCUCUCAUUCACCUCUCAGGGGGCUCUGACUUUUUACAGCUGAAGGUCCAUCUUAUCUGAGAUGGACAGUAUUACCUAGCAGCAUGCAUACUCUAGCAACAUGAACGACAUCAAGAGCAACAGAGAACUGUACCAGCAAUACACAGCCUUGGCCCCCAGGCUGCUGGCCCGCAUCUCCAAACUGCUCACUAUUUGCCGGAAUGCAGGCAUUUCUGUACCUAAGGGCAUCAGGAACAUCUUUGAGUUCACUUGGGAGGAACUCACUGCCGACCCCAUGGUACCUACUGCGUCUGACAUCCUGGGCCUGGAGAUCAGCAUUGGAUCCCCACCUGUGGUGCUUAUGGAAUCAACCUCCAUGCAGGCCCCUGUCCAGAAGAAGGCACCCCCACCAGUACUACCACCUCCAUCACUGCCCACACCCACUGGGCCUGCCAGCUUCACCCGCUCUCCCACCCAUGGCCAUCUGGUGCACUCUAGCCGGGAAAUCCUGCAGAAAUUCCAGCGGCGGUCCAUCCAUCUGCUGACAGAGCUGCUUACCCUGAAGAUGAAGGCCAUGGUGGAGUCUGUAUCUGGUGCCAAUCCUCUGGACAUCACAAGGCGCUUCGUGGAGGCCAGCCUGCUCCUCCACGUCAAUGCCAAGGAGAUGGCUCUUGACUACCUGAUCAGCACAAUUGGAAAAAGUGGCUAUGGUGCCGGACAGACAGGGAAAGAUUCCUCUGUGAGCACUCCAACCAUGGGUGUGAACUCACCUUACCAGCUUGUCUACGAGUCAUCUACUGGCUGUCUGAGCUUUUGCCUCUCAACUGGAAGGGAAGUCAAGAAGAAAACAGCCACAGGCAGAUCAAAAAACUUCGAAGACAUAACCAUGUCACCCCUCCAACGAGGACUUGGAAACUCUGCCUCUGACAGUAUGGAGUUCAGCGACCCCUGCCCUGAGGCCCGAGAGAAGCUGCAGGAGAUGUGUCGCCUUAUAGAAGCUGAAAGGGCCUCGUGGAAAGGGAGGAAUUUCUCCUACCCCAUGAUCUUUCGCAACUACAGGGCAAAGAUGCCCUCUCAUCUAAUGUCAGCCCCGAAAGGGGACGCUCAGACCCCUCACCCUCCAGGUGCUCAGACUUCCACUCCCACCCCUCACCAGCCUCCUGCCCAUCAACAGCCUCACUUCAGCCAACAUUCUCAGGAGUCUAAGAUAUCUAAGAAGGUCAUCAAGUUACAUUACACCUUCUGUGAUGGGUCCUCCUUCGUGUACUAUCCUUCUGGAAAUAUUGCCAUGUGUCAGAUCCCCACGUGCUGCAGAGGGAGAACCAUCACCUGCCUCUUUAAUGACACACCCAGCUUCUCCUUUCUGGCUCUGUUCAAUGCUGAAGGCCAGGGCUGUGUUCACUACAACCUGAAGGCCCGUUGUCCAUUUGUCUUGGUCUUGGAUGAGGAAGGUGGGACCACCAAUGACUACAAGGGCUACGUAGUCCACAAGUGGAGCUGGACUUCCAAGACAGAGACUUUGCUCUCCCUGGAAUAUCAGGUGAAUGAACAAAUUAAGCUGACGGUUCUGAGCCAGGACUCCAUCAUAGUCACCUUCACCUCCCUAAAUGAGACAAUAACACUCUCUGUUUCAGCCAACAAUUGUCCGCAUGGAGUAGCACAGGAUAAACGGCUGCUGACCCGCAUGGACGACAAGAUGUCUAAGAUGAGCCGAGCCCUAGUGGGGAUCAAGAAGCGGUUUCAAAAGACAGUGUCACAGUUUAUGAAUUCUGUCUUGUUGGCAGCAGGCCUAUUCACCAUAGAAUACCCAGUUAAGGAAGAGGCACAAAGCAAUCGAACCAAGGUAAAAUCGGGUACCUAUGUCGAGCGAGGCCCCAAGCCAAGUUUAUACUCAGAAGUCCUUUUAUUACGAUCUCGGUCAGCCCGACCUGAAUCCUCAGUUGGAGAGUCUUCGAGGGAAGAGCAUGGGUCCAUUUCCGUGAGCCCCACUCGGAGGAAGACCAUCAAGACCCAAGCCAAAGCCAUGAUCACACCCAGGGGGAAGGCCCAAGAGGUGCGCAGCCCCACCAGGUGGGCAGCCUCGCCCUCUGACUGCCCGCUGGUGCUGCGGAAGCUCAUUCGCAAGGAAGACAUUAGGGCUGGCUGCAAGUGCCUGGUGAAGGCACCCCUGGUAACCGAUGUGGAGCUGGAGCGCUUCCUGUCUGCGCCCCGCGACCCCAGCCAGGUACUGGUGUUCGGGAUAGUCUCAAGCCAGAACCCCACCAGUACCGCACAGCUCCAGUGGAUGCUGGACACACUCUACAGCCACCGGCAGCAGGGCCGUGCCUCACCCUGCAUCCAGUGCCGGCAUGACCCCUACCGCCUGCUACGGUAUGACCUGGGCAGUGCCCUGCAGAAGAACCCACCACUGCUGGUGAAGAAGUAUGCUGUGGUGCAGGGGAUGGUUCUGAUGUUUGCUGGGGGAAAACUCCUUUUUGGAGGCUGCAUUUUGAAUGGAUAUGGCUAUAGCAGGCAGAAUCUGCUGAAACAGAUCUUCCAGGCUCGACAAGACUGCAAGAUGGGCUACUUCCUGCCAGACAACUACAAAUUUAGCAUUUCAACCUACAUCCCGGGCCUGGAAGACCCUGACUCAGUCAAGAAAACAAUACCAGAAGACAUCCAAGGAAGCUUCUCCUCACUGACCAUGGCGGACCAGAUGGAGGAGUCCUCCCCUGAAGCUGAGAAAAUGAAACAGCCUGAAGUGUUUCUGCAUACUCUCAGCAAAGCCAAGAGAGGCAGUAAGAAGUCGGCCAUCUGGAAAAAACAGCCCUCCAAGAAAUGAUGCUGCCCCCACAGCUACCCAGAGCUCCAAGCCUGGACACAGCUCCUCUCACAUCCACCCCAGUCCUGCCUCCCAAGCCUCCCACCCCCUUUCUCUAAGCCCCUGCAUAAUAAAUAAGCGUGCCUCCAG